AUGCUGUCUUUAGGCAGUAGUCGCGGCGCGCGAGGACAACCACAAAAUCGUUCACGAGGAAGAGGUCGCGGUUCGACAAAUCGAGGAGCUUUGAACUCCUUUAGUAAGUUAGAUACAGAUUCACACACUCCUGUUGGGCCUCGUGUUUUACAAGCAAGCGCCAGUAAAACUUCUUCCCGCGGCAGAGGUUUUAGAAACACUCGCUCAAUCAUUAAAUGUACAGAUCCGUCGCCCGCCGUCGAAACCUCGAACAGCUUCGACAAAGAACGACUAGAAAAUGCAGCAAAGCGCGAACAGAGGGGCCAAAACGGCGCGAUGAUCAAUGGGACUUUUGGGGCUGGCGGAGGAAGAGGGCAGGGGAAAGGGAUUCGCGGUAACAAGCAGGUUCGAUUUGCAGAACCUUCCAGCGAACGCGUGGACUCGAAGGAGAAUGUAGAUUCACAGCAACGGGAUUCUUCUGAUUCGAAAAAUAUAACCCCAGGGUUUUCAACAUUCGGGUCUCCAGCCGUCACGAGCGGGGGCAUCUUUGCGCCCAAGUCAGAUGGACCCAAAAACCCAUUUGCGACAACCAAUACAUUCGGGGGUCCCUCACAAGCGUUCAAUUCCGUCCCAGCGACCACCUUUGGGCAAGCCACUGCUGCGAUUAAUGGAAACGGACCUGCGAAUCCAUUUGGCGCCCCUUCGCAGCCAUCAACUAAACCUUUCACCUCGAGCCCUUUUGGGAUGCCGUCGAAUUCGCCGAGCGCCAACCUUUCGACGAGCGCUUUUGGUCUACAAUCAACUACUUCGACAGCUAGUCCUCCAUCGAAUCCCUUUGCGGCCAACUCAUCUGCUGCGUCAAAGAAUCCCUUUGGCGCAUCAAACAAUACUAGCUCGCAGUCAACUUCCAAUCCAUUUGGUACGCUCAACCAAGUAACCUCAACUACAAAUUCUUUUUCAAAUGGGUUUGUUGCGUCGACCUCAUUUAAUUCCCUGGCGUCAAAAGCAAGCUCUACUUCGUCUAGCAGUGCUUUCCCCAAAGUCGGCGCAAAUGAAAAAUCGAAGAACGGCCAAACCCAUGGUUCAUCGCUAGGCCCCCAGCAUCCGACAAAUGGACAGAAUACUGAGAACAGCGCUUUGGCCAAAGAAAUAUACCAAGUGAUUCAGAGGGAGCGAUUGGUCGCUCCGACGUGGCCAAAGAUAAGUCCAGCACGGCAAAACGAAUACAACGCAGCUAUUGACACAUACUGGAGGGCUUCAAGGGAUUACAGAAGUAAAGUUCGCCAGAGUCUUAUUCGAGCUGGAUUACUAGAUGACCCUGAAAAGGCCAAGAAACUCAGCGAAGCGAUCGAUUUCAAAGGGAUCUGUCAGGAGAUGUGUCCGAUAUUUGAAAGAGCAACAAGGAUUAACGAGUCAGAUGUGAAACAAGCAGAAAUGUCCCCUGGUGCGGACGGAAACCUGUACGUUUCUCCAGAGAAAAUGGUGAAAGCAAAUGCUAGAUCUGCCGCUGGGCAAGAUGCACCUUUGCCGAUGGAUGUGAGAUCACCAGCCACUUUGAGAAAGACACUGGAUUAUAUCUUUAAUGAAGUCUUGGGAGAUAACCUCGAGAACCUUUAUAAUGUUCACAACUUCCUUUGGGACCGUACGAGGGCGAUUCGUCGGGAUUUCGUUUUCCAAUCUUCCAUGGAUCCGUCGGAAAUGAGCCACCAGACAUACUGCUUAGAGCGAAUUGUCCGAUUCCAUGCUAUAUCUCUUCACCAAAUGUCUAAAAACGGGAUCAUAACACCUUCAGGAGAGGAUUUCUCCGAGCAGCAGGAAGUAGAGCAACUGUCGAAGGCUCUUCUUUCACUGAUGCACUGCUACGACGAUUGCAAUAAGCAGAAAGUUCAGUGCGAAAAUGAACCCGAAUUCAGAGCGUACUACGUUUUAUUCAAUUGUCGACACCCGGGCGUUUUACAAAAUGUGCAGGCUUGGGGAUACGGAUUGUACAACAACUCCGAUGAGAUUCAAACCGCUGUUGCUAUUGUUGAGUCAUUGCAGAACAUUUGGCAUGCAAAUGGACCCCUCACACCCCAUUCGGCGACAGAUGUCGCACAAAACGCGUUCGCGAAGUUUUUCACCGUUGUUGGAGACCGAACUGUCUCCUAUACUAUGGCAUGCUUUGCAGAAAUGCACUUUAAUAGUGCCCGAAAGUUUAUUUUGAAAACUAUCCUCGCCUCCUAUCGAAAACAACGAGACCAGACCAGAGAUUGGACCCUGACGAAACUAAAUGUCUUACUUAGAUUCGAUAACGAGGAAGACAUUGUUACCUUUGGCGAGGCAUAUGGUCUCAGAUUUGAAGAAGUUGAUGGCGAAAUUGUUUUAUCAUUCGAUUCCGAUGAUUUGAGAGACCCUUUCCCGCCCUUAAAGCAGGCAUAUUCUUUCAGUCUUGUUGAGCGUAAGCGAGGCAGCCAUUCACUUCCGGAAGCAAUUGCUUUGAACGUUUACGAUGAUACUGUGGUGGACGAAGUGGAAAUUGAAUCCAACGAGGACGACGAAAGCUUGUUCGUGCCGGAUAAUACUGCCAAACCCAGCCUUAUAACGCACACGGGCACGAAGAAUUUCGAAAACAAGAAUUUUGGUCAAGAUUCAGUCGAUGACACGAAACCAGCGUCGCAACAGUCCUCCAUCUUUGGUAUGGAUUCACAAUCAAUGAAGCCAGGUUCCUUUAAUAACCCGCCCGGGCCCGUGCAAAAGAGUCCUUUUGCUGGUCUAUUCUCAACUCCAACGCCACCGCAACCGUCACAUUCUCCAACGAUCUCCUCGCAGCAACCGGAGCCGCCACGUAUACCAGCAAGCCAGGUGCAACAGUCCAAGCCAGACUCGACCUCUAUAUUCUCAAAUCUAGGUUCCUCGCCGUUUAAGCCAUCAACCCCCGCUGCAACAGGAUCGCAGACGCCGCCAAUACCUAACAACUCUUGGUCGACAUCCACGUCUAAACCCCAGUCUUCUCUUUUCCAACCAGCUCAACCACUUGAUACACCGUUGUCGAAUGUGAGCCAAUUACCUGCAACAACAACCUCGAAGCAAAGUGGACAGUUGAAUUUCUCGGGCAUAUCAACAACCCCGACUCCCCCAAUCUCAGAAAUCUCCAGUGAAAGAUUGCAAAGCGACGCCAAACAACCACAAUCUUUACCCAGCCAGUCAUUACAGCCCGGUGAUCUUACAACGGGACCAGUGGCUGCCCCAACCUCAAAUCAUACAGCGUCGGGUAUUCUUGAGGCUAACAAUGUAGCGAGCCAGGAUGUGACCCCUCGCUCAUCAUCUGGGCCAGCGAAAAGGCCGCGCGGGUACGACCGAGAGUCGCAGCUCAAAUCGCUUACGAAUUGGACUUGUCUUGGAGAAGAGGGUCUCUUAGAUCAUUUCAUAUCAUUCACAGUUGAAGGCAUACUUCGGGAUACUGCCAAUCAAUUUAUAAAAGACCAGACUGCUCGAAUUGAAAAGGAAACUGCAAAAUCUAUGAGGCAGGAGGCAGAUGCCUAUAGAUAUCGCUCAAUUGCCACGAAGUACUUCCACUUGUGGCGCAAUGGUGCACAGCGCUUACGUUUGAAACGAAGAGGCAGAGAGGCCAGGAAAGCAAGACAGGAAAGGGCAGAAAACCUUAGAGCAUCGAAAGCAGCCCAAUCAACAGACGUUGUGGCAGAUUUCAAAGCAUUAGCAGAUGUGCAUGGGGCAUCAAGAGAGUUACGUCGAAGGGGCAGCUUAGCGAGCCUUCUUGAUGCUACUGGCGUGUUAGAUGGCGUCCAUGACCCUAGCCAGCAGAUACAAGAUAUUGUUCACAGAGAUUCAUCAACGACAAGCAGCAAAAGGCCACGCUUUGAUGGCCCCACAGACAGUCAGGCAUCGAGUACGAGCUCGAAUCGUCACAAGCGAGGAAAAUCAGACAACCCUCUCCGGCGUUCUCUUCUCUCUGACCCAUCGUAUCUCGCUGGGGGAUCUCGCAUCCAUCUGAUGUCAGACUACGGGCAUGAUGAACAAGAACGACGACAUAUCAGCGGAGUACAGACCGAUUAUUUUCGAUUGAAAGCCCGCGGAAUCUCAACUCUACCCGAUGGAACCCCUCUAGCUUCCUCAGUUGCUAAGAGUAUAACUCAUCGAAAACGAUCAUUUAAUGGCAUUUCGAAGCACCCAGUCACACCCCUGCAUUCGAAGCACUCAUCCAUAUCAAGAAGCGUACCGCCAAAGACCAGCGCUGGCUUUAAUCGGCCGCGCUCUAGUGUAGAACGAGAUGACGAUAUACAACGCUUGAAACUUAGAGCCCAAGCUGUACUGGCAGGAAAUGAUAGACAACAGCCCAAGAGGUCUCACGAAGUGGAUGACAAUGAAGACCACGCUCUGUUUGAAAGAGCGAAGAGAAUUAGAGAACAGAUGGAUGAAGGAUCCAUGUGGUACAAGUCAGAGAUCGCGCGACAGUCCGGGAGCAGAAGCGUGUCCUAG